CCCGCGCGGGAGGCGGCUACGGCUUCCAGGGAGGGGUGUCGCCCGGACUCCCCUCCCUUCCCGCUGGGGGACCAUGGCACGGCUGGCUGCGCUCCGGCGCUCGGGGCUUCUGGCCCGCAUCCUCGGUGGCACCUGGUGCCUACUCUGUGUCGCCGGACAGGUAUGUGGAGACCAGAGCCAAGGGGCUGUUUUCCUGCGGGAAUUUACACUGAUUCGAAGAGAGAGCCUUCAUGAAGAUUUCCUGUCUGACCUCUUGAAUAGUCACAAAACUGAAGACUCGAGCUCCAGGACUGCACGCUCCGAGGAGGACCGCGACGGCCUAUGGGACGCCUGGGGCCCGUGGAGCGAGUGCUCACGCACCUGCGGUGGAGGGGCCUCCUACUCGCUGAGACGCUGCCUCAGCAGCAAGAGCUGUGAGGGAAGAAAUAUCCGAUAUAGAACAUGCAGUAAUGUGGACUGCCCACCAGAAGCAGGUGAUUUCCGAGCUCAGCAAUGUUCAGCUCAUAAUGAUGUCAAGCACCAUGGCCAGUUUUAUGAAUGGCUUCCUGUGUCUAACGACCCUGACAACCCCUGUUCACUCAAGUGCCAGGCCAAAGGGACAGCCCUGGUUGUUGAACUGGCACCUAAAGUCUUAGAUGGGACGCGUUGCUACACAGAAUCCUUGGAUAUGUGCAUCAGUGGUUUAUGCCAAAUUGUUGGCUGCGAUCACCAGCUGGGAAGCACCGUCAAGGAAGAUAACUGUGGAGUCUGCAACGGAGAUGGGUCCACCUGCAGGCUGGUCCGAGGGCAGUAUAAAUCCCAGCUCUCCGCAACCAAGUUGGAUGACACUGUGGUUGCUAUUCCCUAUGGAAGCAGACAUAUUCGCCUCGUCUUAAAAGGACCUGAUCACUUGUAUCUGGAAACCAAAACCCUCCAGGGGGCUAAAGGUGAAAACAGUCUCAGCUCUACAGGCACCUUUCUUGUGGACAAUUCUAGUGUGGACUUCCAGAAAUUUCCAGACAAAGAGAUACUGAGAAUGGCUGGACCACUCACAGCAGAUUUCAUUGUCAAGAUCCGCAACUCAGGGCCCGCUGACAGUACAGUCCAAUUCAUCUUCUAUCAGCCUAUCAUCCACCGAUGGAGGGAGACGGAUUUCUUUCCUUGUUCAGCAACCUGUGGAGGAGGUUACCAGCUGACGUCAGCUGAGUGUUAUGAUCUUCGGAGCAGCCGCGUGGUUGCUGAUCAAUACUGCCACUAUUACCCAGAGAACAUCAAACCCAAACCCAAACUUCAGGAGUGCAACUUGGAUCCUUGUCCAGCCAGUGACGGAUACAAGCAGAUCAUGCCUUAUGACCUCUACCAUCCCCUUCCUCGGUGGGAGGCCACCCCGUGGACCGCGUGCUCCUCCUCGUGUGGGGGGGGCGUCCAGAGCCGGGCAGUUUCCUGUGUGGAGGAGGACAUCCAGGGGCAUGUCACCUCAGUGGAAGAGUGGAAAUGCAUGUACACCCCUAAGAUGCCCAUCGUGCAGCCCUGCAACAUUUUUGACUGCCCUAAAUGGCUGGCACAGGAGUGGUCUCCGUGCACGGUGACGUGUGGCCAGGGCCUCAGGUACCGUGUGGUCCUCUGCAUCGACCAUCGUGGAAUGCACACUGGAGGCUGUAGCCCCAAAACCAAGCCCCACAUAAAAGAGGAAUGCAUCAUACCCACUCCCUGCUAUAAACCCAAAGAGAAACUUCCGGUCGAGGCCAAGCUGCCUUGGUACAAACAAGCUCAAGAGCUAGAAGAAGGAGCAGCCGUGUCUGAAGAACCCUCGUUCAUCCCAGAGGCCUGGUCGGCCUGCACGGUCACCUGCGGUGUGGGGACCCAGGUGCGAAUAGUCAGGUGCCAGGUGCUCCUGUCCUUCUCUCAGUCCGUGGCUGACCUGCCCGUCGACGAAUGUGAAGGGCCCAAGCCGGCAUCCCAGCGUGCCUGUUAUGCAGGGCCAUGCAACGGGGAAGUUCCUGAGUUUAACCUAGAAGACACAGGUGACUUCUUUGAAGGCCUGCAGGAUUUUGACGAGCUGUAUGACUGGGAGUAUGAGGGCUUCACCAAGUGCUCCGAGUCAUGUGGAGGAGGUGUCCAGGAGGCUGUGGUGAGCUGCCUCAACAAACAGACGCGGGAGCCUGCUGAUGAGAACCUGUGCGUGACCAGCCGCCGGCCCCCGCAGCUCCUGAAAUCCUGCAGUUUGGAUCCCUGCCCCGCAAGGUGGGAAAUUGGCAAGUGGAGUCCAUGCAGUCUCACCUGUGGCGUUGGCCUGCAGACCAGAGACGUCUUCUGCUCCCACCUACUUUCCAGAGAGAUGAAUGAGACAGUAAUCCUGGCUGAUGAGCUGUGUCGCCAGCCCAAGCCCAGCACAGUGCAGGCUUGUAACCGCUUCAACUGCCCCCCAGCCUGGUACCCUGCACAAUGGCAGCUGUGUUCCAGGACCUGUGGAGGGGGCAUCCAGAAGCGUGAGGUUCUUUGCAAACAGCGCAUGGCUGAUGGCAGCUUCCUGGAGCUUCCUGAGACCUUCUGUUCAUCCUCAAAACCAGCCUCCCAGCAAGCCUGCAAGAAAGAUGACUGUCCCAGCGAGUGGCUUCUCUCUGACUGGACAGAGUGUUCCACGAGCUGCGGGGAGGGCACCCAGACUCGAAGUGCCAUUUGCCGGAAGGUGCUGAAAACCGGGGCCUCAGCGAUUGUCAAUUCCUCCCUGUGUCCUCCCCUGCCCUUCUCUUCCUCCAUCAGGCCCUGUAUGCUGGCAACCUGUGCAAGGCCUGGGCGGCCAUCCACAAAGCACAGUCCUCACAUUGCAGCCGCCAGGAAGAUCUACAUCCAGACCCGCAGGCAGAGGAAGCUGCACUUCGUGGUGGGGGGAUUCGCAUACCUGCUCCCCAAGACCGCAGUGGUGCUGCGCUGUCCCACGCGGCGCUUCCGCAAGCCCCUCAUCACCUGGGAGAAAGACGGCCAACACCUCAUCAGCUCCGCCCACGUCACCGUGGCCCCUUUUGGCUACCUCAAGAUCCACCGCCUCAAGCCCUCCGAUGCCGGCAUCUACACCUGCUCCGCAGGACCAGCCCGGGAGCAGUUUGUGAUCAAGCUCAUUGGAGGCAACCGGAAGCUGGUGGCCCAGCCCUUGAGUCUGAGGAGCGAGGAAGAUGCCCUCUCGGUGAGGAAGGCCAACCCCAAGGAGACCCUGCAGACCCACAAACACCAGAACGGAAUCUUCUCGAACGGCAGCAAGGCUGAGAAGCGGGGCCUCGCUGCUGACGCGGGGAGCCGCUACGAUGACCUCGUCUCUCGGCUGCUGGAGCAGGGGGGCUGGCCCGGCGAGCUCCUCGCCUCGUGGGAGGUCCAGGACUCCACGGAGAGGAACACGUCCUCGGAGGAGGACCAGAAUGCUGAGCAGGCUCUCGUGCACCUGCCCUUCACCAUGGUGACCGAGCAGAAGCGCCUGGACGACAUCCUCAGGAACCUGUCCCAGCAGCCCGAGGAGCUGCGCGAUGUCUACAGCAAGCACCUGGUGGCCCAGCUGGCCCAGGAGAUCUUCCGCAGCCACCUGGAGCACCAGGAUGUGCUCCUCAAGCCGUCUGAGCGGAGGAUUCCCCCUGUGGCCAUCCCUCCUCAUAAACACGUGUCCGGCUUCAGCAGCUCUCUCCGGACCUCCUCCUCUGCGGAGGCGGGGGGCGGCUCUCGCCGGCCACACCGCAAGCCCACCAUCUUGCGGAAGAUCUCAGCGGCCCAGCAGCUCUCGGCCUCCGAGGUGGUCACCCACCUCGGGCAGACUGUGGCCCUGGCCAGCGGGACGCUGAGUGUACUUCUGCACUGUGAGGCUGUAGGCAACCCAAGGCCGACCAUCAGCUGGGCCAGGAACGGAGAAGAGGUGCAGUUCAGCGACAGGAUUCUCCUACAGCCAGAUGAUUCCUUACAGAUCCUGGCUCCAGUGGAAGCUGAUGUGGGUUUCUACACUUGUAAUGCCACAAAUGCCUUGGGAUAUGACUCGGUCUCCAUUGCCGUCACGUUAGCAGGAAAGCCGCUAGUGAAGACAUCACGAGUGACUGUCAUCAACACUGAGGAGCCUGCGGUCGCAGUCGAUGUAGGAAGCACCAUCAAAACAGUGCGAGGAGUGAAUGUGACAAUUAACUGCCAAGUUGCAGGUGUGCCUGAAGCUGAAGUCACUUGGUUCAGGAAUAAAAGCAAACUGAACUCCCCUCACCAUCUGCAUGAGGGCUCCUUGCUGCUCACAGACGUGUCCUCCUCGGAUCAGGGGCUGUACUCCUGCAGGGCAGCCAAUCUGCAUGGAGAGCUGACUGAGAACACCCAGCUGCUGAUCCUAGAUCCCCCGCAAGUCCCCACGCAGUUGGAAGAUAUCAGAGCCUUGCUCUCAGCCACUGGACCGAACCUUCCUUCAGUGCUGACAUCUCCUCUGGGAACACAGCUGGUCCUGGAUCCUGGGAAUUCCGCUCUCCUUGGCUGCCCCAUCAAAGGUCACCCUACCCCCAAUAUCACCUGGUUCCAUGGUGGUCAGCCAGUUGCCACUGUCACAGGACUGACGCAUCAUAUCCUGGCAGCUGGACAGAUUCUCCAGGUUGCAAAUCUUAGUGGCGGGUCUCAAGGGGAAUUCAGCUGCCUUGCUCAGAAUGAGGCAGGAAUGCUUGUGCAGAAGGCCUCUUUAGUGAUCCAAGAUUACUGGUGGUCUGUGGACAGACUGGCGACCUGCUCAGCCUCCUGUGGUAACAGGGGGGUUCAGCAGCCCCGCCUGAGGUGUCUCCUGAAUGGCACGGAGGUCAGCCCUGCUCAUUGUGCGGGGAAGGUGCGCCCUGCUGUGCAGCCCAUCGCCUGCAACCGGAGAGACUGCCCUUCUCGGUGGAUGGUGACCUCCUGGUCCGCCUGUACCCGGAGCUGCGGGGGAGGUGUCCAGACCCGCCGAGUGACCUGCCAGAAGCUGAAAGCCUCUGGGAUCUCCACUCCUGUGUCCAAUGACAUGUGCGCCCAGCUUGCCAAACGGCCAGUGGACACCCAGGCCUGUAACCAACAGCUCUGUGUGGAGUGGGCCUUCUCCAGCUGGGGCCAGUGCAACGGGCCUUGCAUCGGGCCACGCCUAGCUGUGCAACACAGACAAGUGUUCUGCCAGACACGAGAUGGCAUCACCUUGCCAUCAGAGCAGUGCAGUGCCCUUCCAAGGCCCGUGAGCACCCAGAACUGCUGGUCAGAAGCCUGCAGCGUACACUGGAGGGUCAGCCUGUGGACCCUGUGCACGGCGACCUGCGGCAACUACGGCUUCCAAUCCCGGCGUGUGGAGUGUGUGCAUGCCCGCACCAACAAGGCUGUGCCUGAGCACCUGUGCUCCUGGGGGCCCCGGCCUGCCAACUGGCAGCGCUGCAACAUCACCCCUUGUGAAAACAGUACGUUCUCUCCCCAAAGAGCCUUCUGCAAGUUCCCCACUGGUCUUCGGGUGCAGAGGGUGGUCCCUGGGACGAAGCCUGAGCCUAGGGCAUUGGAUCAGGUUUCCCAAGGACUGUGAGCUGGGGCCAGAGGUGGGUAUUUUCACAGGGGUGCUUGGGUGCAUGCAAGCAAACAAAGAUGUGUGCAAGGACGUGUGUACACAUGUCCAGGCCACAAAAGAUGGCUGGGUGUGCCCCAAGGGCUUCAUCCUGACCCUGAGAGAGCCAGGUGCUGUUGGCCAAAUGCUGGGUGAAAUUGGCCUCCAGCUCAUCUGCAGUAGGUUGGCUGGUGCCCAGAGGAGACUACUAAAGAGAAAGCACUGUUCACACUAAAGCAGCACGCAGAGUGCCUCCCGCUCAGCCACCCCUGCACCCCUUACUGCUCUGCUUCUCACAGAACAAGGACCUGCUGACCACCUCCCUCCUUCCCAGCCCCCGGGCACCCACUGGAACUGCGCAGGAGCCCAUGCCCUUGGGAUCUGAUACCCUUCACUCCCUCCUCCCUCGGGUCUGGAUCCUCCUCUGCCCCAAGCCAGUAUUUGUACCCCAGUUGGGUGGGGAUCUACUUUUCCUUCCUCUGGACCCAAUCCAAAUUGGAGAUGCUUCCCCACAGGGAAGAAGACAACGCAUGAGGCAAAGAAUAGGACAUUGUUAAAUGUCACAGUGCAGUUCUCCCCAAAGUGAGGGCCUCGCUGAGCAUCACGUUCCCGGUGCUGAGGCAGAUGCACUGGGAACUAUGCACUAUUUGCUGAGGCAAAUAGCCCCAUGGCUUUCCAUAGACUGGGGAGGGGUGAGCUAUGUUCCCUCGUGUGGUGCUGACCCAUCUUUGUGUCAGGAGCUCCCCACACUCAGUACCAAUGGGCAAUGAAAGUAGUUCAGACUUACACAUGUUAGUCAGAGAUGUCCACACCCCAAAUCAGCACCAAUCUUCAAGAACCAUCUAGUCUGUGCACAUUCUGAACUAGAAUGCUGUGGUUCUGUGGUUUGGCAUGGCAGGGGGAAGGAUCGGAGGGGCGUAGGUGGAGAACACAAGAAAACGAACCUUCCCAGGGAAAGGAAGGCUCAGGUUCCAGGGGGUGAGGCCAUCAACCAGGGCCACACGUGCACACCACCUCAAAGUGGAGCAGAAUUCAGUCCCUCUGGAAACAUCUCAGGGAGGAGAGUGACUUACUAAAAUACCAGGGGGGAAAGACAGGCUUGCCCAGGAGGUGAGGCGGUCCCAAGGAGAGGGAGACGACAAGCUAUCGUCUUAGGAGGGAAGGGGGCUAUCAAAAAGGCAGCAGAGCCGGCCCAGGGCUGGGCCCCAGCAUUCUGCCAGCAGCCUGGUGCCGCCCCCACUGUUGACAGCUGGGGGAGCAAGUGGCUGAGCUCUGCCAGAGCAAGCCAGUCCAGAAGUGCUGGACAGCGGCAGCCCCUCCAGCGCAGGAGUCCAGUGACCAAGCCAGACCCCAGGAAGCACCCAGUGAGCUUAGCUGUCAGCCUGUUUCACAUCUCCUUUCUGUCCCCACCCCUCUCCUCCU